UGACAGGGCCCUUAUGCCGCAUAUUCGAUUCAAUGCCCGGAUGUUUUUGGAUGACGCUGAAAUAUAUUUAUCCAGAUUUGUUUUUUAAUGAACAAAUAUUUUAAACAGAAAGCUGUACUCUGAAGGAAAUCAUACAAUGGAUGUGGAGUCUUCUAAAGAUCCUAUGCGAGCAGCAUUGAAAAUGCUUAUCCAGCAUUCAAACGGGUUUUCAAAUGCACAUAAUAGUUCUGAAAUGAUUUUGCAUAUUCAAAAGGCCAUAUCCUUUGCAGUGCGACUUUUAGUGCGGACGAUGUCUUGCGGGAAUUUCGUACAACAAAAGAGAAACGCUCCAAUCGCAAAUUAUUGAAAAUUCUAGAAAUAAUUUCAAAAAACCAACCGAAGGCUGAGGAACAUCUAUUGGAGGUAGCCAAGUUGUUGGAAAAAAAAGACCCGUUUUAUUGUUUGCUAAAUUUUCUGAAUCACUAUUCUGAGUCAAACAUAAUGCAGUCAAUGCGCAAGAAAGACAUAUCUACUUCAACCCCAUUAUUAAGUAAGAAAAUGUUUGAAACUGUCACUCCAGACAGUGUAUCAGAGAUCAAGGAGAGAGUGGUGCAGGCAGCUACUGGAGGCCAUACACGCCAAACGCAAAAUAAUUCUAUAACGAAUAUUGUAGGAGGACAUUCGCCAACUUCGUCGCUUUUUCCAACAUGUAACAAACAACGUAAUGAUGCGCUUUGGGACUUCCAGACGGUAGAUAAUCUUCAAUUUCAACAAAGCAAUAUCAGCGCGAUACCUAUCAACAGCCAAGAAACGUUGCUUCUGUACGACCUUAUAUACUGUUUAACAGGUAUGCGUGGCUCAUACAUAACAUCCGAAGAAAGUGGGCAGAGUGGUGGUCUUAAAUUUAAGAUAUCCGAGCAGAUCCACAGUUCACUAAGAGAUAUCGCUCAGGAGAUGUUACCUUUAGCAUCAUACUACACGUGUGUUGAGCAGUUCAUACAAAAUGCGAGCUUCUCAGAUUGCGGGCAAGUGCUACAAGCUUUGAGUGAAGCUCUGAGGAGUAUAAUACAUGAUUAUUAUUUGCUGUUAGCACAGUUAGAGUCGGAAUUAAAUGCUGGUAACUUAACGGUCCAUAAAAUGUUGUUUUAUGUGCGUCCCACUCUAAAUACCAUGGAAGUCUUGGCAGGUGCAGUUUCGGACAUUUUGGUGAACGAGCUACGUGGUGGCCAAGCCUUGACGCUUCUAUUUAAUAAAAUCAGCGCUCUGACUGGUGACGAAGAAUCACAAAAAUUUGUCAUUCAAUUAACGCAAUUAGCGGCAGUUCCUUACAUGGAAAUAUUGCAAUUGUGGGUCCAAAAGGGAGUAAUUUGCGAUCCACAACAAGAAUUUUUAGUCGAAGACAAUGAGGUUAUUCGUCGCGAAGAGUUGCCUGAUCAUUAUUCAGCUGAUUAUUGGGAAAAACGUUAUACAAUACGUCGUGAACGUAUACCAUGUUUUCUGGAAAAGGUUUCGGAUAUAAUACUCCGUACUGGCAAGUACUUGAAUGUUAUUCGUCAGUGUGGCAAGAAAGUCACUCCACCGCAAUCAAUGAAUUUGCAGUUUUCGCCCACAAAUCAAAAUCACAUCAAUGUUAUUCAGAAUGCAUAUAGAUUCGCUUCUAAGAAUCUCCUAGAAGUAUUGCUUAAGGAAAAUGACUUGAUGGGGCAUCUAAUGUCAGUUAAACGGUAUUUAUUAUUACACCAAGGUGACUUUAUCACGCAAUUUAUGGAUGCAUGUGAGGAUGAGCUUACAAAAAAUGUUGAUAAAGUGUUACCAAUGACAUUGGAAAACUUGCUGGGACUCACAUUGCGUUUGUCAUCUGCGAAACAUGAUCCAUAUAAAGACGAUGUACACUGUGAACUAUUAACAUAUGACCUAGUCACACAAAUGUCGAAAAUCAUGAAUAAUGAAGAAGAGUAUUGGCAGUUGCAUGACCGACUGGACUUAAAUGGGUUGGAAUGUUUUGCGUUUAGAUACGAAGUGAAAUGGCCUGUUUCUUUGGUGCUGAACCACAUAGCAAUAUCCAAAUAUCAAAUGCUCUUUAGGCAGUUAUUCUAUUGCAAACAUGUUGAGCGACAGUUAUGCAAAAUUUGGAAGGAGAACUCUAUAGCCAAAAAGUUUUCGCCACAGGCUGCAGAGCUUUAUCGUUCAGCAUUUACAUUGCGCCAACGUAUGAUGAAUGCUGUUCAAAAUCUUGAAUAUUAUAUGAUGAUAGAAGUUAUCGAACCUAACUGGCACAUUUUUAUACAGAAUAUGAAUAAGGUUGAAAACGUAGAUGAAGUCCUUUCAUUUCAUCAGGACUUUCUGGACUCCUGCUUAAAGAAUUGCAUGCUAACGGACACAACGUUGCUAAAUCGUUCAAUUUUCAAGCUGUGCAAUAUUUGCUUGAAAUUUUGUGAGUUCAUACAGAAAUCCCAACGAUUAUUUCUUGACGCUGAGCUCAAGUCCAUGGUUUGCGACAGUAACGACGAGGAAAAUUCUGAUUCGGAGGUUGAUUCUUCGAGUCAGAAGCAGUCGGAAUCAUCUUUAACACCGAACGAUACCUUUUCAGAGCGGGUAAAACGUUUUGAUCUGGAAUUUACUGGAUUAUUAAUUGGGCUCCUCAAACAAAUCAAUGAUGUGGCAUCAGAUAACCCAUCGGAUCGCUUUAUAAACCUAGUGCAUCGCAUAAACUUCAAUUCAUUUUAUAAUCAGCAAAUGGAUAAGUUGUGUGCAAAAGACUCGAUGAUUUCUCAUCAAUAAACACACAAAGUGACAUAUUUGCAACCAAUUUUCACAGUAUUUCGAAAAACACAAUUUAUAGCUCGUUCUGAGUAAAAGUUUUUUUUUUUUAUAGAUAUUCCUUAUGUUUUAUUAUUAUUAAGCACUCUUGUUAAUAAACUAUUCCUGAAAAUUAACGGGAAACUACAUACAUAUGUCACAAAUAAUAAAGCAUAUUAAUUUGUUACGAAAAAUAUCGAUAUCUAU